AGAGUGUUAACUACAUCCAGGCGGAGCAUCACCCUUCAGUACCGAACAGAACUCAGGGAACUGGCUCAGUCAGGAAAGCCGUGCAGAGCGACAGAUGUGAACCGGACUACGACGAGAGAACCAACCGGCAGCAGCAAAGAGGGAGAACCAGCGACCGUGUUAAAUAUGUGGCAACCUGCGUCGGAGCGAUUACAGCAUUUUCAGACAAUGCUGAAGACCAAACUAAAUGUGCUGACACUGAGGAAGGAGCCGUUGCCUACGGUGAUCUUUCAUGAGCCCGAGGCCAUUGAGCUGUGCUCGACCACACCGCAUACAAAGAGCAGAACCCACGCUGGAUAUAAGGUGACCUACCUGGGCAAGAUGACAAUCUCUGGGACCCAGUUCUUGUCUGGUUGUACCGAGAAAGCAGUAGUGGGUCUGGUAGAGCGCCGAGCCCUGGCCCAGCAGCAAGGGACCUCGCCCUCGAACAACGCCCUGCUUGAAAUCCGUCCCUUCCAGGUGCGCCUGCACCACCUGGACGAGCGGUGUGAGGCCUCAACGACCGUGGACGCCUACCAGGUGGCACGCAUCGCCUACUGCACGGCCGACCACAGCGUCAGACCCAACAUAUUUGCCUGGAUCUACCGAGAGAUCAACGACGACCUGUCCUUCCAGAUGGACUGCCACGCGGUGGAGUGUGAGAGCAAGCUGGAGGCCAAGAAGCUGGCGCACUCGAUGAUGGAGGCUUUCCGCAAGACUUUCCAAAGCAUGAGCAGCGACGGCCGCAUUCACAAGAGCGGGUCGACGGACGACUUUGCUGAGGACUCAUCCACACCUGACGACUCGACCCCAGAUGAUGGCUGAAGUAGAACUCCCUCGUACUCCUGAUAUUCGUAAAAACAAAUUGAUGGGGAGAGUGGAAGGUCCUGCUCUUUUUCAUUCCCUCCCAACUGUUUCUUUCAGUUAUAAUUUGGUACAAACUUUACUGACUCAAUGAAUCAAUACGCCCAGGAUAAUGAAGUAGAUCAUGAAUAGUGUUAAAAGAUGGUAGAUGAAACAGAUUUACAUUUCGGGAUAGCAAAGAGCUCCUGCUUUGAGUAAAAGCCCCUAAGAGACCCCCUGGAAAGGUUUCAAACUCUACUUUAAUUGCCCUGAAAAUAAUUGUAUCAAUAGUUUUAUUUCAACUACUGUUUGUAUCACACAUAUCAAAUUCUCUGGUUACUAAGCUUUUUUAUUACAUACGGUUAGUCCCAGCCCACCUGUUGAAUAUCUGCCAUGUAGGGACCAAACAUAAAUAUUCCUGUGAUGUAUUUCAGGUUCAAACCCAGAGUUCAUGAGACUGUUGAAGCACAUAAAUUCUUUACCUGUUAUCUGAAUUUCUGUUACAAUGCCUUUAGCCUUGAUAAUAGCRAAGGAUGUGGGAGUAAAGCCUUGAAGCACUACUUUUCACCAUGAUUACCUUGUCCAACCCCUACAAAAACCCUUCUCUGUGCAUGGAUGAUAGAGCUUCUGCCUCUGUCUCCAUUUAAUAGGUACUGAGUAAUUUGAGUAUGUGCCCAGUACCUGGAAGAAAAUAAGUUCUAAAUAGGUCACACUUAAGAAGUUCUCACUGAAGCCGGGGGUUGUUUGAGACACUUUAAUCAUCCACAUCUGACUUUUGUUUUAAAUAUACCAAAAUCCAGGCUAAGAUUAGCCUGUCAGAUUAUGUGCCUCACUUUCCUCUUGCAUUGCUGUGUGCAUUGUGUGACCAUGUGUGCUUUGAUGUUUUUUUGUGUAAUUGCUUCUGUAUUGUUUCCAUACAAGUGAGUGAAAACAUUUGUUUUUGUGUGAGAGAGAAGCAGACUUUUCUCUUUGCCCCCAAAAUAUAUAUUUUUUAUGUUUGAAAUCAGACAUGGUACUGUGAGCAUUUGCCACGCUAUUCUUGUUUUUUUUUUUUUUUUUUUUUUUUUGUUAAAUUUUGUAUGGAAUGAAAGCUAAACCACGAGUCGGAGCGUGCCAGUUUGUUGACGUGGUGGGCACCUAAAAAGAUAUUAAAAAUCACAGCCAUUCGAGUGAGUAACUCGCACCUCCGGGCCUCUGCUGAAUGUAUGAGUCCGUCGUACUGUGAGCGCCUCACAUCGUGUCCGGYCGCUUCAGUCUCCACGAAACUCCACAUAUCACCAACAGCUUGAAGGGAGCGGGGUAAUCCAGAACGUUUCCGCUGCCCUGCAUCAGCCACUCCAAGACCGAAGCACCUUCUUUUCUAACAGGACGGUACUGAAGAGACUGAACGCCAUUUCCGAAACAACCCAACUAAAUGAUCUCAUGACUGUUUGAUCAUCACACACAUACAAACACAGAUUCAAACAAUACAUCCUGUAUGUACAUGAAUUGUAAUGGAGUCUUGCUCGAUAAGCUUAUGUAAAUACAAAUGUAUCACUUUCCAAAUAUUACAGCUUAAAUGGUGAUAGCUAUUUUACAUAAUAAAAAAAAGUAUUCAGAACCAUCAUAUGAUGCUGAAAAAGUGUGAUGAAAGCUACUGUGAAUAUUACCCGGAGAGCCUGAUAGCAGUGGCUGGGAGCCUGUGUGUGUGUGUGUGUUUGUGUGUGUGUUUGGAGAAAACUGAAUGUGGCGUGGGGAAGUGUUGCAUGACGAGGCCAGGAGUUGGGAUGAAUGUUUGUGACUCUGUAGGUUACUGUGCAAUGUCUGUUUUACAGCUCAGACGCGCUUUAAUUGUUCCAACAAUGCUACCGUAAGUGUUUUCUAUACAGUGUUUGCAAAGAUCAAAACACAGUUGCAUAUAAAGUAUUUACCAAGACCAA